AUGCUUCGCAUUGGGUCCGGUUCGAAACCGCUAGUCCUCACCCACCGGGGCACCGGGGCCAUACCGCGCCCCGACAACUCGGCCCAGGCGGCGUUGGAAGAUCCGAUGAUGACCUUUGGCCAGGGCCUUCCCCGCCCCACGGCGGUCACGCCCACGGCUGCACCGGCGGCGGUGCCUGCCAUGGUUGGGCCCGGGCCGGUGGCAAAGGCAGCUGAGGCGGCCUAUGCUGCGGUGCGGAAGUCGCGAGCACCGGCGGUGGGUACUCCGGAGCUAUGGCAUGUCCAUGUGGGUGAUGAGAUCACGAUCGCUCGGCUCAUCCACCAACAGCUCUGCAACGGACCGCGGGAACGUGGGGGACGGGACGUUCGUUUGGGCCGGUCUGGAAGGGACGGGCCGGGGGGGCGUUUCGGCGGUGGGGGCGAAAAGAAAGACAUGGCCACUCUCAAUGAGGAGGUGGAUCAGGCCUUUGCCCAGCUCCGCGCCGAUGAGGAGAGGCUGCGGAACUGCCUGCGGAUGCUCUCAUGGCUUCAGCUGCGGAAACUCGUGUCAGAGCCGCGAGAAGCGAAUGUGGAAGAGCAUAGCGUGAAGAUCAAGUAUGGCAAGGCUGACGCCUUGAGCUCGAUGCUGAAAGCAGCAGCGGCUACACGAGAAGCAGCUCGGACGACGCUGCGGCGGCUCGUCGCAGUCAGUGGUAUUGGCAUUGGGGGUGGCCCGGGCGGUGGAGAUGCCGGCGUGGAACUGCGCACCCUGCGCAAAACUCAGCUGUUGAAUCGCUGUGCUACCCAAGGCAUUGCCAAGCGAAUGCUGGAGCGCUUUCCAGUGGGCUCUGAGGCGAGCGAGGCCAUUCCAAGCUUGGAAUCGCUUCUGAGGGAGCUGGAUCGCUUGGAGCACCAGGAGGCCAAGGCGGCCGGCAAAGGACGUACAGGUCCAGCCGUGGUGCUUGGCUCGAAGCCUCAACUUCACAGGCCCCGCGACGAUGGGGCGCCGAGAACGGCAGCGCCGUCGUGGUCGCAGCGAGGGCGGCCGAAGCCCAGCGGUGGAGGGAGCAGCAGCCGCGCCAAAGAAGGCGGCGUCUUUGCCGGGCUCUUUCGAGAGGAAGCACUCCCGUGCGCACCGUGCGCGAACGCAGCCGCCCACCCAGCGGAGAACGCGAACGCAGCGGCACGUUCGACCUCAACAGCACGGGGUCCAAGGGGUCCACCCAACAGCGCUGCUGGUCAGCCGAGGAAGGCCGCCGAGGAAGCCGCUGCCCGGCCUGUGGCCGCCGUGAAGUUGGGGGAGCGCGCACGACUGGGAGGACUACACGGCUUCCUUUCAGAGCUGAACGGUCGACCAUGCGUGCUCGAGGGAAGUGACCCGGAGACGGGGCAGGGCUAUGUGCGACUGGUGGGUGGCUUCGUUGAGACCGUGCCCCUCGAGAACGUCCUGCCCGAGUGA